AUUAGAAGUUAAAAACGUUCGCGGAUUGUAUUAUUUAUUUCUUUCUUUUGUUUAGCAUUAAAAUGAAAGAUAUUUUGCAGCCAGUGUUAGAAAAUUAUCCGAAGUUAAAUUUUGAAAGGCAAUCUAGUCCUAGUUACGUUGAAAUUUAUACAAAAACUAACAAUGAAAUCGUUAUGGUUUACUCCAAAGCAAAACAAUCAGGAUCAGGAACAAAUGAAAACAACUCCAAAAGUAUUAAAAACGAGCAAGAUGAAUUGGACUUAACUGGAUCUCCGUUAAAAUUGGAUCUAAGUAUUCAUGCUAUGUUAGAUGAAACCAUGAUGUCUGAAGAACCACAACUAUGGAGAAAAGAGGAAUUUCUCCACUGUCCUAUUGAUAUUGAAAAAGCUAGGGAAAUAGCAAAUUUAUACACAAAAAACCUCUCUACAUUAUCUAAAGAGGAAGCAAUACCCAUGUGGAUUCUCUGCACUCCUAGUGAAGGCAAACCCUUACUUCUAACUAUACAAUCUAAUAAAGACGAGUUUACAAGAGGCAUUGUUAAUUAUAAGGGUGCGGUCACACUAGAGGAUGUUGAUGUUGAGAAUCUGAUGAAAGAUUUUGCUGUGCAAGAAUGUAUUGAUGAAGAUUUGGUAAAUGUAUCAGUAGAUUGCAAAUACACAGUGUCUGGUAUAUCCUACGGCCAGUUGAACUACGAAGAUCUAUUAAAUACUCCACACAGUGGUAUAACCGAAUUGCAUUGCACAUGGGCAGCUAAAACAUUGUUAACACCUUUUAUAAGUUGUAAAGUACAUUUUGAACAAGAAGUAAUAAUAGGCCAUCUCGCCAGCCCCUGCAACGCUGUAUGGAAAUCAGUUUGUGCGCUACAUCAAAUUAAUGAAUUGCUCGUUGAUAUGACAGCUGCUGCUGGUAAUGUUGAUCUGGAGAAGGCUGUUAUUAGAAACCUAAUCCCCGGCAUGAAGCGAUAUAACAAUACAAAGCGUCUUAAUGAAUUACUUAACGAAACCGAAAUAUACACAUAUACAGCAGAAUGUCCGACGGGAGGUUGUCUGUGUGUCACAGAUAACACGACUACGUUACGACAAUGUAUGAAUGAUAUGAACAAAAUGGGAUCUAGUAAUGAUUUUACGUAUAAAUUGUGGGAUGUUUUGAGAGAUUCUGAAACUGCAGAAGAACUGAUAACAUUAUUACUACAAGCUCUCACAUUUAUUUCUUCAGGAAAAAUCCGUCCAUUUAUCGACGUGAACAACAAAUCCCUGCUAUCAAAACUAGUGCUAAAGCUAUCGAGAGGUCACUCCCAAACAUCGAAAGUACUAAAGAACCUCCGUUCCAGUCCACCACAAGCUAUGUCUUUGAUCGCUCAAGUCGGUUUUGAGAAAACUAUGUGGGAGUAUACUAGGAUCAUGUCACUUCUGGAACAUUCUUUCUUUCUAAAUGGCGUGUGGAGUAAUGAUGCCAGGUCAAAAGAAAAAAUCGAUCAAAUAAACCAAACAAUCCAAGACAUGACUAUGGGCGGUGAGUUCACACUGAACCCCUUCGAGAGCUACACAACAACCGAACAUUCCAUACGACUGGACUCUGAGUCCUUCUGUGUGGAAGAUACAAAUGAUCUAACUGUUGAUGACUUCGCUUCACUGAAGAGUCGAGGACUUGUUAGUGAGAAGAAGGAUUGUAAUGAGGUGCCCCUAAUAGCUGAUGAAAUAGACAUAAGUCCAUGGAAGAGCCUCCUCAUGAGAUUUGCGCAAGUUCACGUGUGUUUGGAACAUUUGUAUCGCGCGGAAACAUGCUUACGAGCUGAUUUUGCACAAUUAAAACCAAUGGCGUCGCGUAUUUUAGAACUGUAUGUAUCAGAGAAAUCUCCAGUCAAAACGGUGGGACAGUUGAUGAAUGAUCCCAUAUUAAAGAUAAACAUACCAAUAACAAAUAAUAUUGUUCAGGACCAUUUGAAAAAAUCUGCAACUUGGUACCGUCUAGAACUCAGUAAGAAGGAUAGAGCAAUCGACUCUGGCCUCAAACGUGAAUGUAAACUCGUCUAUGUGUACUCUCAGUUGCCAGUUUUCCCGCCUAAUGUGUGGCAACAUAUUGAAACACCAAGCGAAGAAGUGGGAGAAACUACAACGGUUGUAGAAGAAGUAAAAUAUCACUGUACAAAGUAUACAUAUUUAUCAAAUAAAGUCAACAGAAAUAUUGUUUUUUGAAACUUUGUGGGUGAAAUCGUGAUAAAUUAUAUUUUUACUAUUUUUAU